AGCCGAGGUGAAGCGCUGGCCCUGCCUCUGAGCUCGCCGCCGCUUCCUCCUCCCUCUCCCUUGCAAGGGCACGCGGCUUCUUUUGGAGCCUUUCCUUCCCGCACUUUCCAAGGCGCGCUGGAUAAACCAGGAGAUGGCAGCCCCUUGGCUAGGGGAUGGGAGCAGAGCCCAGGAGUCAGGGGGAGGCCCUCGGCCAGACCCUUCUCGAGGAGGACGCCCGGGGGGACCCCGAGAGCCUGCAGUGCAAGGUUCAAAUCUCCCGUCCCCUCCUCUCCGACGGCCUGUCAGCCCGCCAGUGACGAGGACGCCUUGCAGCGCGAGAUCGAAGAGCUGAAACGCAAAGACCUCGCCCUCGAUCAGGAAAUAGCGCAGCUGACAGCUGAAGGAUACAGCCCGGAGGAAUUAGAAACCCACAUUUCUCUGCUCCAUGAAUACAAUGAGAUAAAAGACGCCGGGCAGAUGCUGUUGGGCAGGCUGGCGGUGAUCCGAGGGGUGACCACCAAGGAGUUGUACCCUGAAUUUGAACUGGACGUGAACGACUAAGUGCGACACUUCAGACCCCUAGACUGUCAACGUUAAGGUCCCAAGUGGUGAAAGCACAAGUCUUGCAAGUGCAGGUUUUCCUGGAAGCACUUGAUGCAGCCAAAGCUGGACUAUAAUGAUGCAGUUGCACCAGGGCCUGUGUCUGCAAGAAGCCCUCUUGUUGUCUGCCAGCUGAUUGCUUUGCCUCUCCACCUACGUGUGCUUCGGUAUACUCAUACGUACAAUAAAUGAAUAAACUUUAAUUCGAUAUGA